AGCCGUGUCUACAUGUUGUGUGGCUGAGGCUAAUGCUAACACCAGGCCUGUCGUUAGAUACUGACCGUGUGUGUGUGUGUGUGUUCACAAAACGAUCUAGAUUAGUGAGCCUGUUUGCAUGCGUGUGUUUGCGGGUGUAUGCGUGAUUAACACGCACAGCAUUUAUCUUCUGCACGUCGCAUGCGUGGUGUGUUUGAUCAGCGCAGGUGACCAUGGGGAUCAAGGUUCAGCGCACUCGGUGCUUCCUCGACAUUGGGAUCAGUAAUGUGCUCGUCGGCAGAGUUGUGGUGGAGCUGUUCUCAGACAUCUGUCCCAAAACAUGUGAAAACUUCAGAUGCCUCUGCACAGGCGAGAAAGGCAUUGGCAAAGGUACUCAGAAACCUCUGCACUACAAAGGAUGUCUGUUCCAUCGAGUUGUAAAAGACUUCAUGAUUCAAGGAGGAGACUUCAGUGAAGGCAACGGAAGAGGAGGUGAAUCCAUCUAUGGAGGCUUCUUUGAAGAUGAAAGCUUUGCUGUCAAACACAACAAGGAGUACCUGCUGUCUAUGGCCAACAGGGGCAAAGAUACAAACGGAUCACAGUUUUUCAUAACGACAAAACCCUCACCACAUCUGGAUGGUGUCCAUGUGGUUUUUGGUCAUGUAAUCUCUGGCCAAGAGGUUGUUCAAACCAUGGAGAACCAGAAAACCGAUCCUAAUAGCAGGCCAUAUGCUGACGUGAAGGUUCUGAACUGUGGAGAGCUCAUCCCUAAAUCUAAAGCAAAGAAAGACGAAAAAAAGAGAGAGCGAGCCUCCUCCAGCUCGAGCAGUAGCUCCAGCGACUCUGAGAGCUCCUCAGAUUCCUCCUCCGACUCUGAAGAAUCCGAGAAAGAAUCCAAGAAGAAGAAAAAGAAGGUGAAGAAGCUCAAAAAGAAGCAGAAGAAGAAGGACAAGAAAAGGUCAGAGGCUGAAAGCGCUGAAGAGAAGGAACAAGAAGAGUUGGUUACAUCUACUGUACGUCCUGAAGAAAUUCCACCCAUCCCGGAGAAUCGGUUCCUCAUGAGGAGGAGCCCCCAGGUGGUCCAGAAGUCAAAGGAGGAGCCUGAAAAGGAUCAACGAAAUAAAGAGGAAAGGCCAAGAGAGAGUACUGGCGCAACAUAUAAUUCUCAGUCAGCGUAUCACAGAAGACUGGUGAUGACACGAUCCGGGAGGAAGAUAAAAGGCAGAGGUCCAAGGCGGUAUCGGACUCCGUCACGCUCUCGAUCACGGUCCAGAGAUCGUUUCCGGCGCAGUGAAACACCUCCGCACUGGCGCCAAGAGAUGCACCGUCAGAGGAUGAGGGCGGUCACUGGAGAGCGCUGGAUUAAGGGUGACAGAGGUGACAUGAACGAGGCCAAGGAAGAUUCUGCUAAAGCGCCAAGAAGAGAGAGGCGGGCCUCCAACACGAAGCACGAACACGCAGCUGAGGGUAAAAAAGACAACAAAACUCGGUCGCAUAGAUCCAAAAGCAAAGAAGAGGAUACUGUUGAGAAGGAUGAGAAGCCAAGCAAACACAAGGCAAAGAAAAGGGAUAAAUCUCAGAGCCGCAGCAAAAGCAGAGAAAAGAGUAGGAGGUCAAAAAGCAGAGAGAAGGGUCACAAGCACAAGAGUGAUGACAGAAGAGGUCGCUCAAGGAGCAAAGACCGAAAUGCUAGUAAGAAAGAAAAGGAGCCAGAGUCUGAUCAGAGUAAAGAUAGAAAUAAGGGCCAUGAGUCUGAUAAAAAACAUAGAGAGGACACCAAAGGACGGAACGGUGAGAGAACUAGGACGAAGUCAAAAAGCAAGGAAAGAACGACGUCAAAAGACAGGCACAGAUCUAGUAGCCGGAGCAGGGAUAAGGGCAGACGUGCAGCAUCAAAAGAUAAAGAGGAAAGGCGAGAUAAAGACAGAGAGAGGGCGAGGGAACGCAGCAGGAGUCAGGAAAGACGACACAACAGUGACAGGGAUAAUAGGAAGCGAGGAGCAUCCAGGGAUAAAGAACAUCGAACAAGAAGCCCAGACAGAAACAAGCCUAGAGACUCUCACAGAAGCAGGCGCUCCAGAAGCAAGAGUAAUAAGAGAGACCACAGUAAAGAUCGGUCAUCUCAUAGAAGGGACAAAGACAGAGAAGCUGCCAAUCAAAGGAGAAGACGUAGCAGCAGCAGCAGCAGCUCCUCCAGCUCCUCUGAGAGUGAUAGAGACGCGAAAAGGAAGAGUCAAAAGAGCCCAGAUCCCAAACGGAGCAGAGCGAAAAGUACCUCCAAAUCCAAAGACAGAAGAAGUCCGGCCAAAGCAAGACCAGAUAGUACAAAAGGCAAAGACAGAAGUGACAGCAAGAGGAAUAAAUCGAGCUCUAGCUCAAGCUCUGACAGCGACUGAGCCUGUGAUUGGCAUCCUAAAAUGAGUUUGAAGGUCCCUAUUUUAUACCCACCACACAUGUAGUAUGCCGCUCCAGCUUUCCAUCUCGAGUGUCAUGUUCCUCUUUCAGUACCCUCCCCAGGUUCAGCCAAAGCUAACACAUGAAAUUGCAACAGCAGCCGUGCUGGAAAAGAGAAAAUGUCGCGCUGACACUGUAGCAGCGUCAUGUGAGCUUUGACUGAACUGUGGACUUCACUUUGGCACUGAACACAGUUGUGGAUUUGUCCCACGUUAAGUACGUUACGCCGCUGAUGGGAAGCUGAAGCUGCACGGACAGUUUUAGUGACUGAAUAAGUACAGUGUGUACUGCCUCAGCAGCAAGUAUAAAAAUACCAGGUUUUCUUUUAAUUGUGACCAGAAGAAGUCAGUUUGAAGGCCUUUUUUUUCUUUUUAUUACUGAUUUGGUAAAUUAUAUUUUGGCUUUACAAUAGCUACAAUUUCAGACUGUUCAAGAUUUUACUGCAACAGAAAUCCUUUUAGUUUUUUCUUCCUGAAAUUUGAUUUAAAGUUAUUUAAUGCAGUUUUGUGUCGGGGAUAAGGAGUUUCUCCGAGUUUAGGAGUGUGGCAAAUGUCUGAUGUUUACCUGUGAAGUUAUUUUUACUGCAACACUCAAUUUGGAAAGAGAACACUCAAAAUGUGAUGCAUGCCUAUCCCUGUCACUGUUAGACGAAAUAUGUACAUCCAUGACUUUUUUUUUUCUUUUCAUUUUUGUACAUCCACGACCUUUUACUGUAACCUCAUUUGUUAACCAGUUUCGAGAUACCUCUGGUUUGUUUUUUGAAUGGGGGAGAAAAAAAAAAAAAGAAACAUGUCAAACUCAUGCUGUAAGUACAACAUAAAAUCAAUUUGUAUAAAUUGUGUUUUGUGCAACUUGGUUUGAAGAACUCGACUGCAGUCUAGACUUAAUUAAAAGGCUCAACUUUGAUUUUAA